AUGACGAAUGAUAACAAGAUAAAAAUGGCAAUGAGUAUCAUAAAGAAAAGUACAUUUUCUACGACAAAGAAAAUGAGUUUCUUCCGGAAGUCUUCUAGCAAUGGAUCGGAGUAUUCGGACCCUGAAUUCCGUGUUCCAAGCAAGGUCCAUCAGCUGACCAAAGAACAAAUAUCAGACUUUAAGGAGACUUUCCUCCUGUUCGACCAUGAUGGUGACGGAACUAUAACAACUAAGGAACUCGGUCACGUGAUGCGAUCUCUAGGUCAGAACCCUACUGAUGCCGAGAUCAGUGAUAUGAUAUCAUUAGUGGACAAUGACGGAAACGGUUCGAUAGAUUUCGAUGAGUUUCUCCAUCUUGUUGCUAAGAGGUUACAAGAAGCAGACAUAGAGACUGGUCUGGUAGAAGCGUUUCGCCUGUUUGAUAAAGAUGGCAAUGGUUUCCUCACUGCCAAUGAGCUGCAGAGCGUUGUAGCCACAUCUGGAGAAGUUCUUACCGACUCAGAAGUCAAUAUGUUAAUGAGUGAAGCGGACAUUAAUAACGACGGGAAAAUAAACUAUAAAGAGUUUGUCAAGUUGAUGACGGGAAAAUGA